ACUACUUAAAUUAAAAUUUAACAAAUAAAACUGACAUCGAUAUGAUAUUUGCAUAUAAAAUAAUUGUAUUUCAGUCUGAGCUGAAUAAAGAGGCUGCAGUAGCUGUGCAUCACCACAACAGACGCAAAGGGUUUACUUUUGACGAGCUGCUCGCGUCCAGUGGACAGUGUUCAGUUCAGGGUGGAAUUCAAAACGGCACGUUUAUAAAUGCCAUACCAACCGAGCGGUCACCUAUUUAAUAUACCGCUGCAGUAGACAGUUUUUUCUUUCUUUUUUUUUAUUUUUUUUUUUAUUUUUUUGCCCGAAUGCGGAGUUAGCAGAGGGCUGUGCUGCAAUAGCUUGAUAAUCUAACACCAUGAUGUGCGUCUUAAGAAGAGUUGCAAAGCAAUGAUGUCAUAGUUUUAAGUAGGAGCCAUGGGAGAGCAUAUGGUUCGUACCCGCCACCGAAAGGAAGUGUUGCUUUGUUAUGAGCAGGCGGCGCUGUAGCUGGCGGAAGAGGAGGUCGCCCAGCCCAGUGUCUCUUCGACUGGAAUAGAGAACCCGAGGAGAAGACGCGAAAACGGUGAGAAGACAAAGCUGCUACAAUGGCCGCGAAAUCGGACGGGGUGCUAAAGAUGAAGAAGAGCGAUGUAGCAUUUACGCCUUUGCAGAAUUCGGAUCACUCGGGAUCAGUUCAAGGGCUAGCUCCGGGUUCGCAGCCGGAUUCUGGAACCGGAGAGGCGGACUUCGUCAACGGGGAGUCGCGGUGCUGUGGCUCAAAUUCGACCUGUCUCCGCCUCGACAGGGAGCAGCAGAAAUACAUGGUCUGGGACUGUCUGUGGAUCCUCGCCGCAGUGACGGUGUAUUUCGCGGAUGUGGGCACUGAUAUUUGGCUUUCGGUCGACUAUUACCUCCGCCGCGACUACUGGUGGUUUGGGCUUACGCUGUUUUUUGUGGUGCUCGGCUCGUUCUCCGUGCAGGUCUUCAGUUUCCGUUGGUUCGUCCAUGAUUUCAGCACCGAGGAGAGCUCCGGCGGCGACGGCAGCGCGGCAAACUGCUCCCACAUGGACGGGAAGCUGCUCAGCUGCUCCGCUUCGCACGGAGACGUUGGAGCCCACCCGACUACGCCUCAAAGACAGGCGUCCACAGCGAGCAAGAGCAACACCACAAGUAACAGCAGCAACAGCGCUACCGCAGCCCGGACUAGUAAGACACGCUCAGCGUCCUGUUCCCUCUGUAUCUGGAUAUUGCAGUCCGUCAUUCACAUCUUACAGCUCGGACAAAUCUGGAGGUACUUCCAUACCAUCUACCUGGGCAUCAGGAGCAGGCAGAGCGGAGAGAAUGACCGCUGGAGGUUCUACUGGAGGAUGGUGUACGAGUAUGCUGACGUCAGCAUGCUCCACUUAUUGGCCACGUUCCUGGAGAGCGCACCUCAGCUGGUGCUCCAGCUCUGUAUCAUCAUACAGACUCACAAACUCCUGGCUGUGCAAGGGAUUACAGCAGCUGCUUCUCUGGUGUCACUGGCCUGGGCUCUGGCCUCCUACCAGAAAGCCUUGCGUGAUUCCCGUGAUGACAAGAAGCCCAUCAGCUACCUUGCAGUCAUCAUCCAGUUCUGUUGGCACUUCUUCACCAUCGCUGCUCGCGUAGUGACCUUCGCUCUCUUCGCCUCUGUUUUCCAGCUCUACUUCGGCAUCUUCAUCGUGCUGCACUGGUGCAUCAUGACCUUCUGGAUCGUACACUGCGAGACCGAAUUCUGCAUCACCAAGUGGGAGGAGAUCGUCUUUGACAUGGUGGUGGGAAUCAUUUACAUCUUCAGCUGGUUCAACGUGAAGGAGGGACGCACCCGCUGCCGUCUUUUCAUCUACUACUUCAUGAUCCUGUUGGAGAACACGGCCCUGAGCACAUUGUGGUACCUGUACCGCUCACCCCCCAGCACAGAUGCAUUUGCCGUGCCUGCCCUGUGUGUCAUCUUCUCUAGCUUCUUCACUGGUAUUGUUUUCAUGCUCAUGUACUAUGCUUUCUUCCAUCCUAACGGGCCACGCUUUGGCCAUUCGGCCAGCCUGGUCCAGCUCGAGGACCCUACCGCUAACUUCACUCUGCCCCCUGAGGGUGCCACCAACUCCCUGCGCUCCAACCGUGGAGGCACGCUGGCCCGGGACGCUGACCGCGAGGCCAAGUACAGCGAGCGGGACGGUUGUGUGCCCGUCUUUCAGGUGCGGCCCACCGCACCCUCUACUCCUUCCUCCCGUGCCCCACGCCUGGAGGAGACAGUUAUCAAAAUAGACUUGUGCAGGAACCGCUACCCUGCCUGGGAGAGGCACGUACUGGACAGGAGUUUACGUAAGGCCAUCCUGGCCAUCGACUCAUCUCCGACCCCACCACGCCUCCAAUAUAAAGACGACACAUUGAUUCAAGAGCGUCUGGAGUACGAGACCACCUUGUAGCCUGCGCUGUGGAAACACACAAACAUGAACACAUUACUGUCCUCUUGAAUAAACAGCAGGACUGUGGCAAUAACGUUCCUUGCAUACAUAGCAUCUAGCCAUGAUGUUGAUUGUCAUGAACAAACAUAGGCACAACAUAUUUGUGGACCAAACAAAUAAUCUUUUUAAACUGUUCUCUCGUUGCUUUUGAUUUUUUAUUACUUCUGUCUUGGCAGGGAAUAUCUGGGAUUCUAAAAGUCAUUGCACUGGCUGAUAUUGACCACAAACCCCAUGGUCCUCCUGAGUGUUGUACAGACCUUCAUUCCCAGAGUUGAUCGUUUUCAAGCCAACGUCUCCAAACUGCAAGAGGACAUCCAGAACACUUUAUAGCUUGUCUCUUGCAGCAAAUGCAAAACAAAGGCCUUUCCCUUUGAAACCAAGCAUCUAGUGCACACAAACGGCAUUUAAACAGACUACCCACCGCACUGGAGAAACAGUGGUCCAAAUAUCACAUCGAUGGUACACAAAUAAAAGAGACUGCUGAUUAGCCUCGAGACGUCCUUGUUUAGGGUGCUGUCACCUAUUAGUAGUGUUUCAUCAGCAGUUCUGUACCAGUGCCAAAUGCUUUGCUCACACUGACUCCACGCUGAACUGUGGCUCGUCCACAAACUGUAUAUAUAAACAGGGCAGCAUUUCAACCAUCUACUUGAAUCCUGUACAAAGAAAAAAGAUAAGAAAAGAAAGUAUGCGAUCAUCACAAGAGUCCAAGACACUUGGGAUGACAAAACAGGGAGAACACACACUUGUUUUCUUGUUCAAGAGAAGACAGUAGGCCAAGAAAACACUUCCAGGCAGCUCCCUUUGGCGAUCCGGCCUCAUUCACCUCACCCCUGUGGGCUGACAAGGAUCCGUUUGGUUCACAGCAGAGUGACCAUCACAGUUCACACAGUGUCUGCUAAACUGUACCUGACAGAACCUGGAUGCGCUUCAUCUUCUAGGUUAAAGAUACAGUGUUCUUCUAGGCUUGGUCAGGUUCUUGGCGUGUCUGUGUUUUGUGUGCUGUAUCGAUACAGUAAAAUGAGUUAAAGGCACACAUAGACAAUAAACAGGGUCAAUUUUCAGCCUCUCAACACAUCCAGACAGCCGGCGAAGUGUACUAUUCCAAACUCUGCAGUGCAGUCAAGACCUUCUCUAUAAGAGACUCUUCAAAUGCCAACUCACAGUCUACAAAUCAAAAGUGUAAGGGAUAAGUAGUCUGCGACAGAGUCCAGACUUGCUAAUGGGCUCUGAAUGAUGUUCCGGGCCCCAUGGUUCAACAAAUCGCAUCUGCCUAAAAGAGCACUGUAUCUUUAAAUCAGCCAAGAGCAUCCGUUAUAUGAAAGUUUUGGAGAUUUACAUUUUCCGUUCAGUUGCAAGUGCUUCUUUGUGUCUUUAUGUUGAAUAUUCAAAGGCAUUUAUGGAGACAUGGAAG